AGCCCCCCCCGCGCGCACGCGCAGUCCCGGCCGCCGGAGCCCUUUUUAUUUUAAUUUAAAACUAAAGUAUUAUUUUUAAACUCACAAUUUCCAGCUUUUUAUUUUUUAAACCGAAGAUUCCUUUCCCGCCGCCGUGUUUUCCUUCGGAACCGCUGAAGAAAUGAACAAUAAAUUCCAAGCCUUAAAAGAUGAUGAUAGUGGAGACCAUGAACACUAUGAAGAGAACGAGGCACUGAAGGAGAAGGAAACAGAAUUGUGUGAACAGGAAAAGACACAAAACACAGCCAAAAGAAAGGUAGUGACUCCUGGAGUUGGCGAGCACCCUCUUCAGUAUAACUACACAUUCUGGUACUCCAGGCGUACACCAAGCAGACCAGCUAACACCCAGAGCUAUGAACAGAACAUUAAACAGAUUGGUACCGUCGCCUCAGUGGAACAAUUCUGGAGGUUCUACAGCCACUUGGUGCGGCCAGGUGACCUGACAGGACAUAGUGAUUUCCACCUCUUCAAGGAAGGAAUCAAACCCAUGUGGGAGGAUGAAGCCAACAAGAAUGGCGGCAAAUGGAUAAUACGAUUGCGCAAAGGCCUGGCAUCCCGAUUCUGGGAAAAUAUCAUCCUAGCCAUGUUGGGAGAGCAAUUUAUGGUCGGAGAGGAAAUCUGUGGAGUUGUGGUAUCCAUCCGAUUUCAAGAGGAUAUAAUUUCGGUAUGGAACAAAACUGCUUGUGAUCAAGCAACCACUGCUAGGAUACGGGACACACUGCGCCGUGUAUUAAAUCUACCACCAAGCACCAUUAUGGAGUACAAGACACACACGGACAGUAUCAAGGACAAUUCAAGCUUUCGAAACACAAAGAUCGCAGUGUGAUGUAGACUUCCAUGGAGCACUUGCCUCCGUGCGGCAAGGCAGGGGUUGGAGCACCUAAACACAAAGAGAAAAUUGGAUUGGUGUUGGACUCUCUCAUUUUAUCAUUAUUUAUUGCCCAUCUAAACAGAAGCCAUUUUGUUUCUGUAGUUUUUUAAAAAACUCCCUUUUUGAACACCGCAGUUAAUCAUGCAACCGUAAGCUGGUAUCUUGUCGUGGUCUAAGAGCAUCUUCUUUUCCCAGUAAGCAGACCGACAUUAUCUCUACUGCUAAGUCCGCAGUGGCAGGUUCUGAUCUCACGCCUUGCCUCAAGAUCUGAAUGGAUUUGGUAUCUUAAACCUUCAGUUUCAGGUCAGAAUCUUUAUUGUGUUGAGAGCCAUCUGUUUGAAAUCCAUUUUCUGUGAUUAUAGUAGAACUGAAAUGCAUAUGAUUUAAAGAAUAUAUCAUUUUAAAGUGCAGGAAACUGCUCUAGACAAGUAACACAGCAAGGAGGUUUAAUGUGUUAGUAUUAAACAUCUUAGUUUUGCAGAGAAGCUAACAUGUUUAAAAUAAAUACGUUAAUGUUAACAUAUUGCACAGAGGGUUAUUACCAAAUUUGUUCCAACAAAAUAAUCUUAAUGCAAAGUAUUCCCCAAAAAUACUAAUAUAAUUCUUGUCACAAUAAAUAACUGUUACAUUUCUCUGAGAAUAA